UAAUGUUUUUAACGCGCAGAGGGAAAUUCUUAAAAAGUAAAAAUUGCUGAAUGGCGCAGUGAAUUCGCCUACAUACACCAGUCAAAUACACAAAUGCCUUAUAGCACAAAUUAAAGAAAAAGUAAAAAUUAAAGAGAAAAAACUAAACUAGAAAAGAAACGCACUUUCGAAUUAAGUAGUUGUCAGUAUUCCAUUGCCGUAUUUAACAAGUUAUUGAACAUUGUAUCAUUCACAUAUGUACAUAGUUCCCCAGCUAGACGCACCUGUGAAAUUCCCAAAGUUCCCCUUCCAAAACAUUUGUUUGGUUUUGUGUGACACUGCAGCCAUUUCUUGUGGUGUUCAGUCGACUAUUUUGUGUUCAAAUUCAAUGUUCGAUUCCUUUUGGGCCUUUCAAGCAACCAACGAAAUUUAAUGUCAUUUAGGCCUGAUAAAAACGAUUAUACAAACAUAUAUGCAAUGUACGAAACAUAUAAAUUCUUAAAUAUAAUAUUUCGUGCUUCAGUCAUUCCGGGAGCAUUCAUAUUAAUUUGGCUGACGGGGAUAAUAUCACUUGCCGUUGUCCAAUUAUGUAUGCUAGUAUUUUUGAUAAUAUUUGUUGGAUUCCCUCUGGUGUUUCGUUACUCUAUAACGUUGCAAAGAGGAAUUCUGUUUCUAACUUUUAUCACAUACCCGAAAGAUCUCGAUCUGUCGAAUCCGGCCAGUAUAGGAUUGUUUGGCACUAGAAGUUUACAUAUUAGUGUACUUGAUCCAGAUGCUGAAGAACGUCAUGACGGUAUACGUAUCGGUGUAUGGCACGUAUUGCCCUUACAAUUAGCGAAGCGCUUUGCUCAAGAAUUGAAAAUUGAUACGCAAGCACAUGAGGAACUGCAGAACACCACCAUUGAAAAAGAUGAGAAAAUAGACCAAUUGAUGCCUGUACUGAAAUCGGAAUUCCCCGAUGUGAACGCCGAGAAUGAGCAGCUCUUUUAUGAGCGACUGCUCAAACUUCCGGGUAUAAUUGUUCUUUAUUUGCACGGCAAUACCGCAUCUCGUGGCUCGGGUCAUCGUGUUGAGAUGUAUCAGCUGCUGCGUAAGCUUGGUUAUCAUGUAGUGGCGUUAGAUUAUCGUGGCUAUGGUGAUUCUGACCCCGUUCCACCCACCGAAGAGGGUAUUGUUCGCGAUGCGCUCACUGUAUAUGAAUAUAUCAGGAAUGUGACAACUAAUCCGAUCUUUAUUUGGGGCCAUUCACUUGGUACUGGCGUAGCGUGCCAUCUAUGUGCGGAAUUAAAUUUAAAUUUUAAGAUGAAGCUGCCACGUGGGGUUGUGCUAGAGGCGCCUUUCACGAACAUACGUGAUGAAAUACGGUUACAUCCAUUCUCACGGCCCUUUAAGGACCUUCCUUGGUUUGAUUUAACCAUAGCGCGACCAAUGUAUUCGAACUCAUUACGUUUUGAGUCGGAUCGACAUAUUGCGGAAUUCCGUCAGCCGGUAAUGAUAAUUCAUGCUGAGGAUGAUUAUGUUGUGCCAUUCGAACUGGGAUACAAGCUCUAUCGGACAGCACUUGAUACUCGUGGGAAAACUUGGGGACCUGUUGAGUUUCAUCGCUUCAGCGGCAACGCAGGUUACGGGCACAAGUUUCUUUGCCGCGCGCCCCAACUGCCAGAACUGGUAAAACAAUUCGUCGAUAAUUUUUACAAGGAAGAUUUUUAAAAAAAUGCCGAAUAUAAUGGACAUUGGUGUUUUUCUUAAUAUGCGUUUUUGGCUCAGAAGAUGUUAUAUCAAUAUUGGCAAAUCAAUUAUAUAUAUCGUUACCUUAAUAUAGAAAUGCCCUAACUCAUAUAGUCCCUGAAACACAAAAAAGCCGUAACUAACUAAAAUUUGUUAUUGCUUAUAAUGAUGUGGGGACAUAUAAUUCGAUGAAAUGCUUCAUAAACAUUGAAAAAGGGAAUUAUGGAUUUUUACUUAGCUACGGCUUUUUGUAUUUCAGCGACAAUCAGCCUCAUUGCGUAAGUCGUAAAUUAGGCUGAAUUGUACGACUCGACAACAUUAGCAUUGUCUACUGUCAUGCUGAAAUAAGUAAACGACGAAAAUCAUCGAAAACUAUGCAGUGCUGCCAAGUUUUUCCGUUUUAAUAUACUAGUCCAGUGGAAAUUUUAGACAAUGACGCUAAAUUUUCGAUACGAUUCGACUCUCGAAAAACGACUUGCAUUCGGCACGACUCUCCCAAUGAGGCUGAAUAAGAGUCAGGGCCUUUCUAUAUUAAUGUAUGUAACAUACAUAUGAACGAAUCAAAGCUUUAUAGUUUUUCCAAGCGCAAUAUUUGAGUUUUUAGUUUGA